CCGCUGUCCUCCCUUUUACUUCACCCUUACAGGCAAAGGAGCCUGUGGCAGCCGGGGAGAGUCCGGGAAAUAUGAACUACACCUCUCGGCGCGCAGAACCGACCCCAAGCGCAGCUGCGCAGGGCACGUGCGCGUCCUCGCUGGAGUCCCGGCGAUUGGCUGUGACGUAACUUCCGGUGUGAGCGGCGAAAGCCAGGAGGGUUGAUUCUUUCAGGGAGCGGAUCACAAGUGAGGCAGAAGACUUGGUGGCAAAUUUUUUCCCAAAGAAGUUGUUAGAACUUGAUAGUUUUUUGAAGGAACCAAUCUUAAACAUUCAUGACCUAACUCAGAUACACUCAGACAUGAAUCUCCCGGUCCCUGACCCCAUUCUUCUCACCAAUAGCCAUGAUGGACUGGAUGGUCCCACUUAUAAGAAGCGAAGGCUGGAUGAGUGUGAAGAGGCCUUCCAAGGAACCAAGGUGUUUGUGAUGCCCAAUGGGAUGCUGAAAAGCAACCAGCAGCUGGUGGACAUUAUUGAGAAAGUAAAACCUGAGAUCCGGCUGCUGAUCGAGAAAUGCAACACGGUCAAAAUGUGGGUACAGCUCCUGAUUCCCAGGAUAGAAGAUGGGAACAACUUUGGGGUAUCCAUUCAGGAAGAGACAGUUGCAGAACUAAGGACUGUUGAGAGUGAAGCUGCCUCUUAUCUGGACCAGAUUUCUAGGUAUUAUAUUACAAGAGCCAAAUUGGUUUCUAAAAUAGCUAAAUAUCCCCAUGUGGAGGACUAUCGCCGCACCGUGACAGAGAUUGAUGAGAAAGAAUAUAUCAGUCUUCGGCUCAUCAUAUCAGAGCUAAGGAAUCAAUAUGUCACUCUACAUGACAUGAUACUGAAAAAUAUCGAAAAGAUCAAACGGCCCCGGAGCAGCAAUGCAGAGACACUGUACUGAGGCCGGGGCCAGGGCCAGGGGACUCUGUGAGUCUGGCUCAAGACCGACAUUGCCUUGGUUUGUUACAUGACUAUCGUGAUGGGGAAACUGGCUGGAAAUCGUAAUCACACCGCUCUCUGUUUUUAGUUAGAGUCUAAUGAAACACUCAUGUAGUUCUGUGACGUGUUUACCUCUUUUUUCAGGCCUCAGGAACUCUUCUAUUUCCUUCCCUAGUACCCGCACCCAACCUGUCCUAAUUUCUGGAGAACUCCAGGUUUGUGUGUGCUGGAUGUUGGCACAAGCAUACUUGUGCUUUCUGUCUCCCUCUUGUGUCGUGGGCUUUGUGUUUUCUUCAUUCUGAUGCUUAGUUGGUUAGAAGCUGAGAGAACUGGAAGGAAAGUGCUAGGUGUGUUUUUAGGAUCUGUGUUGGGGGGACCAACUCAUCUCUUCCUGACAUAGGUUAGUGUUUCUUGCCUUUGUGGGACAUUGGAUCCUCCUGGCCUCAGGUGAUGACUUAGGGUUUCCCGUCUACAUACAUCCCAUCUUGAGCCUGAUCACAAGAAACACCUUAGACCUUCAGCCAAGACCCUAGCUGCUUUCGAUGUUUUUAUAACGAGGUUUUCACAUACACGUGUGCAUGUACACACACACACAGAUGUGCACGCACAUGCCCUCCUCUACACCAUUAGCUAACCCCCCCGACCCAACCCUGUCACACCUGCGCCUUUCAAAAGGAGGUGAUAGUUUUCGAGGCUAUCAUCCACCCAGACAAAAGUCCCAGACCCAUCUUUUCUCCUGAUAUUGUAGCGUCUUGGUGCCCAGGGUGAGUUGGAGGAGAACUGAGAGAUGAGAAGCAGAGAGAUUGGGGAAGGCACCCUUCCUCUGUGACUCAGGUUCUUCUUGGUGUUAUUGCAAAGGCUGGCCUCUGACUUCCCGGUGCCUCUUCCCAAGCCAGUUGUAAAUUGAGGCGGGGGUGGGGUCUGCAACUGUGAGGUCCCGAUGCUGCUGCUCCUGCUGGAUAUUCCCUUUGGGAAAUAUUUCGCUUAUUUAUAGUAUUGUGCUU